CUCUGCGCGUGCGUGUGUGUGCGCGCGCGCGCUUCAGCUCAACAGACUCCUCGCGAACAUGGCGGCGCCUGCGCUCUCCAGCCGGGCUGCUUCAGCUGGAAACAGCCCCACCGCCACCCCGAGCAGCUCCAAACCCGUCCCGCAGGCUCCCGAGUUGGACUUUAGGUCCGGGACGCGGAUAGAGGAGCUCAACCGGCUGAUCGGAGAGUUCAGCAAGCACGAGCAGCGCGAGUACGACGACCAGCGCGCGCUCGAGAUCCACACGGCCAAGGACUUCAUCUUCUCCAUGCUCGGCAUGGUGCAGAAGUUGGACCAGAAGCUUCCGGUUGCCAAUGAGUACCUGCUGCUGUCGGGCGGGGUUCGUGAGGGAGUGGUGGACAUGGAUCUGGACGAGCUGACGGUGUACGCACGAGGAGCGGAUUACGACAUGGACUUCACGCUGCUGGUUCCUGCGCUCAAACUCCAUGACCGAAAUCAGCCGGUCACGCUGGACAUGCGACAUUCAGCGCUCUGUCACUCGUGGCUCAGUCUGCGGCUUUUUGAUGAAGGAACUAUUAAUAAGUGGAAAGACUGCUGUACAAUGAUUGACCAUGCCAAUGGCGCAACCAAUUACUUUUUCUCACCAACACUGGUGGCCGAUUGGUUCUACGAAUCUAUUAGCAUGGUUCUGGCAGAGAUCCAGAAGAAGCCACAGCGUGGCGUGCCUCGGGUUGAAAAAGUCGAGCGCAAUGCUACAGUCAUCUCGAUAAUCCUGGGCGUCGGAGGCAGUCGGAUGUUGUAUGAUGUAGUUCCAGUUGUAUCCUUCAAAGGUUGGCCUGCGGUCGCCCAAAGCUGGCUGAUGGAAAACCAUUUUUGGGAUGGGAAAAUUACAGAGGAGGAAGUCAUUAGUGGGUUUUAUUUACUACCUGCAUGCUCGUCUACGGGCCAGAAGGAGAACGAAUGGCGUUUGUCUUUCGCGCGCAGCGAAGUGCAGCUGAAGAAGUGCAUAUCUGCAAGUUUGAUGCAGGCGUACCAAGCUUGUAAAGCUCUGAUUAUUAAGCUGUUAUCUCGACCCAAAGCGAUUAGCCCAUAUCACCUGCGCUCGCUCAUGCUCUGGUCCUGCGAUCGCCUGCCGCACACGUAUUUGGCGCAGGAAGAUUACGCUGCACACUUUUUGCUGGGUUUGAUUGACGACUUGCAGCACUGCUUGGUGAAUAAGACCUGCCCGAAUUACUUCAUCCCGCAAUGCAACAUGCUAGAGCAUCUGAGUGAUGACAUGGCCAUGCUGCAUGCACGAAAGUUGUCGUCUGUACGCUCUGAUCCUGCAGAACACUUGCGGAGCGCAAUCGAGCAUGCAAAAGCUGCAUCGCGGCUUACGGUUGAGCUUCAGUGGCGCAGCGGAAGCUCAAACCUGCCGUCUCCGCUGUCUGAAACAGGAGCUGAUCAACAACCAGAUGACCGACUUGCAAAGAAACUCCAGCAGCUGGUCACGGAGAAUCCUGGGAAGUCCAUUUCCGUCUUCAUCAAUCCAGACGAUGUAACGCGACCUCACUUUCGCAUAGAUGAUAAGUUCUUUUGAAGCCACGCCCCUUGAUCUGAUUGGGCGCUGACAGCAGAAGAUGCCACAUGAACUAAUUUCCUCACUGGUCACUGGUAAACUCUUCUAAAGCAAUGCCUCCUGAUCUGAUUGGGUGCAGAUGGCAGAAGACCUCAAGUUCGAAUUGAUGAGAAGAUUUUCUAAAGCCACACCCCCUGCUCCCAUUGGUCGCUUACUGCAGCUGGCUUUACAUGAUUUUCCUUUAGCACCUUUGACAAUUUUGGCCAAACUAUCUAAUUUGAUUGGUUGCAGAUCGCAGAUGACAGGUUUGUCAGAGGCCACGCCCCCCUGCCAUUAUUGGGUAAUGACUUUCGUAUUGAUAACCAAUCAUAUUGAAUCUAUGCCCCCAUUCUGAUUGGGCGCCAACUGCAGACAACAUUACAUGUUAUCAGGUUCACAUUAAGGAUGUUUUUUAUGAAGCCAUGCCCCCUAAUAUGAUUGGCCAGUGACUGCAGACAAAUCAUUAUGAAGCCACGCCUCCAGAUCUGAAUAGACGCUGACUGCAGACCACGCCACAUAACAUCAGGUUCACAUUGUUGACUUUCUCUAAAGCCACGCCCCCUGAAAUGAUUGUCUGCUGACUGCAGAUGGUCUAACUUUCUCAUUGAUGAUGAAUCGUAGUUAAGCCACGCCUCCAGAUCUGAAUAGACGCUGACUGCAGACCACGCCACAUAACAUCAGGUUCACAUUGUUGACUUUCUCUAAAGCCACGCCCCCUGAAAUGAUUGUCUGCUGACUGCAGAUGGUCUAACUUUCUCAUUGAUGAUGAAUCGUAGUUAAGCCACGCCUCCAGAUCUGAUUGGCCACUGAAUGCAGACUUGCAUCUUUUUUAGUAUUAAUCUAAAGCCACACCCCUUUGAUAUAAUUGGCUGCUGACUGUGAAUUAUUUCACUUUGUCAUUAUUACAAUUUUUUUAUGAAGCCCCACCCCCUGAUUAUACUGGGUGCUAGCUGUAGGCAAAUAGUUUUGAAGCCAGAUCACUCCAGAUCUGAUUGGGCGCUGACUGUAGAUGAUGUCACAUGAUAUCAGGUUCACAUUAUUGACAUUUUUCUAAAGCCACACCCCCUGAUUUGAUUGGCCGCUGACUGCAUAUGGUCUGACUUUCUCAUUGAUGAUGAAGCGUACUUAAGCCACACCUCCAGAUCUGUUUGGCUGCUGACUGCAGACUCGCAUCUUUUUUACAUUAACCUGAAGCCCCACCCCUUUGAUAUAAUUGGGUGCUGACUGCAGAUAAAUCAUUCUGCAGUCAUGUCUCCAGAUCUGAUUGGCCACUGACUGCAGACAACAUGACAUGAUAUCAGGUUUACAUUGCUGACUUUCUUCUAAAGCCACACCCCCUGAUCUGAUUGGGCGCUGAUUAGAGACAACAUGACAUGAUAUUAGGUUCACAUCAUUGACAUUCUUCUAAAGCCACACCCCCUGAUUUGAUUAGCCGCUGACUGCAGACCAAUCGUUUUGAAGUCAGACAUUCAGAUCUGAUUGGGUGCUGACUGCAGACAUCACAUGAUAUCAGGUUCACAUCGUUGACUUUCUUCUAAAGCCACGCCCCCUUGAUAUGAUUGGCCGCUGACUGCAGGCCAAUCGUUUUGAAGCCACACCUUCAGACCGAAUAGGCCGAUGACUGCAGACAACAUCACAUGAUAUCAGGUUGACAUCGUUGACUUUCUUCUAAAGCCACGCCCCCUUGAUAUAAUUGGCUGCCAACUGCAAACCAAAU